AUGCCGCCACACGCAGGCGUAGCCUGCGCGCGAGCCGGGGCAACCCUGCCACUGCGCGACGGACUGCCGCCAUCACUCUGCCGCGGCAGCCCCCGUGAGAAGGGGGCAAGUGAGAAGGGGGCAAGUGAGAAGGGGGCAAGUGAGAAGGGGGCAAGUGAGAAGGGGGCAAGUGAGAAGGGGGCAAGUGAGAAGGGGGCAAGUGAGAAGGGGGCAAGUGAGAAGGGGGCAAGUGAGAAGGGGGCAAGUGAGAAGGGGGCAAGUGAGAAGGGGGCAAGUGAGAAGGGGGCAAGUGAGAAGGGGGCAAGUGAGAAGGGGGCAAGUGAGAAGGGGGCAAGUGAGAAGGGGGCAAGUGAGAAGGGGGCAAGUGAGAAGGGGGCAAGUGAGAAGGGGGCAAGUGAGAAGGGGGCAAGUGAGAAGGGGGCAAGUGAGAAGGGGGCAAGUGAGAAGGGGGCAAGUGAGAAGGGGGCAAGUGAGAAGGGGGCAAGUGAGAAGGGGGCAAGUGAGAAGGGGGCAAGUGAGAAGGGGGCAAGUGAGAAGGGGGCAAGUGAGAAGGGGGCAAGUGAGAAGGGGGCAAGUGAGAAGGGGGCAAGUGAGAAGGGGGCAAGUGAGAAGGGGGCAAGUGAGAAGGGGGCAAGUGAGAAGGGGGCAAGUGAGAAGGGGGCAAGUGAGAAGGGGGCAAGUGAGAAGGGGGCAAGUGAGAAGGGGGCAAGUGAGAAGGGGGCAAGUGAGAAGGGGGCAAGUGAGAAGGGGGCAAGUGAGAAGGGGGCAAGUGAGAAGGGGGCAAGUGAGAAGGGGGCAAGUGAGAAGGGGGCAAGUGAGAAGGGGGCAAGUGAGAAGGGGGCAAGUGAGAAGGGGGCAAGUGAGAAGGGGGCAAGUGAGAAGGGGGCAAGUGAGAAGGGGGCAAGUGAGAAGGGGGCAAGUGAGAAGGGGGCAAGUGAGAAGGGGGCAAGUGAGAAGGGGGCAAGUGAGAAGGGGGCAAGUGAGAAGGGGGCAAGUGAGAAGGGGGCAAGUGAGAAGGGGGCAAGUGAGAAGGGGGCAAGUGAGAAGGGGGCAAGUGAGAAGGGGGCAAGUGAGAAGGGGGCAAGUGAGAAGGGGGCAAGUGAGAAGGGGGCAAGUGAGAAGGGGGCAAGUGAGAAGGGGGCAAGUGAGAAGGGGGCAAGUGAGAAGGGGGCAAGUGAGAAGGGGGCAAGUGAGAAGGGGGCAAGUGAGAAGGGGGCAAGUGAGAAGGGGGCAAGUGAGAAGGGGGCAAGUGAGAAGGGGGCAAGUGAGAAGGGGGCAAGUGAGAAGGGGGCAAGUGAGAAGGGGGCAAGUGAGAAGGGGGCAAGUGAGAAGGGGGCAAGUGAGAAGGGGGGGGCAAGUGAGAAGGGGGCAAGUGAGAAGGGGGCAAGUGAGAAGGGGGCAAGUGAGAAGGGGGCAAGUGAGAAGGGGGCAAGUGAGAAGGGGGCAAGUGAGAAGGGGGCAAGUGAGAAGGGGGCAAGUGAGAAGGGGGCAAGUGAGAAGGGGGCAAGUGAGAAGGGGGCAAGUGAGAAGGGGGCAAGUGAGAAGGGGGCAAGGGGCAAGGGAGAAGGGGGCAAGGGAGAAGGGGGCAAGGGAGAAGGGGGCAAGGAGAAGGGGGCAAGGGAGAAGGGGGCAAGGGAGAAGGGGGCAAGGGAGAAGGGGGCAAGGGAGAAGGGGGCAAGGGAGAAGGGGGCAAGGGAGAAGGGGGCAAGGGAGAAGGGGGCAAGGGAGAAGGGGGCAAGGGAGAAGGGGGCAAGGGAGAAGGGGGCAAGGGAGAAGGGGGCAAGGGAGAAGGGGGCAAGGGAGAAGGGGGCAAGGGAGAAGGGGGCAAGGGAGAAGGGGGCAAGGGAGAAGGGGGCAAGGGAGAAGGGGGCAAGGGAGAAGGGGGCAAGGGAGAAGGGGGCAAGGGAGAAGGGGGCAAGGGAGAAGGGGGCAAGGGAGAAGGGGGCAAGGGAGAAGGGGGCAAGGGAGAAGGGGGCAAGGGAGAAGGGGGCAAGGGAGAAGGGGGCAAGGGAGAAGGGGGCAAGGGAGAAGGGGGCAAGGGAGAAGGGGGCAAGGGAGAAGGGGGCAAGGGAGAAGGGGGCAAGGGAGAAGGGGGCAAGGGAGAAGGGGCAAGGGAGAAGGGGGCAAGGGAGAAGGGGGCAAGGGAGAAGGGGCAAGGGAGAAGAGGGCAAGGGAGAAGAGGGCAAGGGAGAAGAGGGCAAGGGAGAAGAGGGCAAGGGAGAAGAGGGCAAGGGAGAAGAGGGCAAGGGAGAAGAGGGCAAGGGAGAAGAGGGCAAGGGAGAAGAGGGCAAGGGAGAAGAGGGCAAGGGAGAAGAGGGCAAGGGAGAAGAGGGCAAGGGAGAAGAGGGCAAGGGAGAAGAGGGCAAGGGAGAAGAGGGCAAGGGAGAAGAGGGCAAGGGAGAAGAGGGCAAGGGAGAAGAGGGCAAGGGAGAAGAGGGCAAGGGAGAAGAGGGCAAGGGAGAAGAGGGCAAGGGAGAAGAGGGCAAGGGAGAAGAGGGCAAGGGAGAAGAGGGCAAGGGAGAAGAGGGCAAGGGAGAAGAGGGCAAGGGAGAAGAGGGCAAGGGAGAAGAGGGCAAGGGAGAAGAGGGCAAGGGAGAAGAGGGCAAGGGAGAAGAGGGCAAGGGAGAAGAGGGCAAGGGAGAAGAGGGCAAGGGAGAAGAGGGCAAGGGAGAAGAGGGCAAGGGAGAAGAGGGCAAGGGAGAAGAGGGCAAGGGAGAAGAGGGCAAGGGAGAAGAGGGCAAGGGAGAAGAGGGCAAGGGAGAAGAGGGCAAGGGAGAAGAGGGCAAGGGAGAAGAGGGCAAGGGAGAAGAGGGCAAGGGAGAAGAGGGCAAGGGAGAAGAGGGCAAGGGAGAAGAGGGCAAGGGAGAAGAGGGCAAGGGAGAAGAGGGCAAGGGAGAAGAGGGCAAGGGAGAAGAGGGCAAGGGAGAAGAGGGCAAGGGAGAAGAGGGCAAGGGAGAAGAGGGCAAGGGAGAAGAGGGCAAGGGAGAAGAGGGCAAGGGAGAAGAGGGCAAGGGAGAAGAGGGCAAGGGAGAAGAGGGCAAGGGAGAAGAGGGCAAGGGAGAAGAGGGCAAGGGAGAAGAGGGCAAGGGAGAAGAGGGCAAGGGAGAAGAGGGCAAGGGAGAAGAGGGCAAGGGAGAAGAGGGCAAGGGAGAAGAGGGCAAGGGAGAAGAGGGCAAGGGAGAAGAGGGCAAGGGAGAAGAGGGCAAGGGAGAAGAGGGCAAGGGAGAAGAGGGCAAGGGAGAAGAGGGCAAGGGAGAAGAGGGCAAGGGAGAAGAGGGCAAGGGAGAAGAGGGCAAGGGAGAAGAGGGCAAGGGAGAAGAGGGCAAGGAGAAGAGGGCAAGGGAGAAGAGGGCAAGGGAGAAGAGGGCAAGGGAGAAGAGGGCAAGGGAGAAGAGGGCAAGGGAGAAGAGGGCAAGGGAGAAGAGGGCAAGGGAGAAGAGGGCAAGGGAGAAGAGGGCAAGGGAGAAGAGGGCAAGGGAGAAGAGGGCAAGGGAGAAGAGGGCAAGGGAGAAGAGGGCAAGGGAGAAGAGGGCAAGGGAGAAGAGGGCAAGGGAGAAGAGGGCAAGGGAGAAGAGGGCAAGUGAGAAGAGGGCAAGUGAGAAGAGGGCAAGUGAGAAGAGGGCAAGUGAGAAGAGGGCAAGUGAGAAGAGGGCAAGUGAGAAGAGGGCAAGUGAGAAGAGGGCAAGUGAGAAGAGGGCAAGUGAGAAGAGGGCAAGUGAGAAGAGGGCAAGUGAGAAGAGGGCAAGUGAGAAGAGGGCAAGUGAGAAGAGGGCAAGUGAGAAGAGGGCAAGUGAGAAGAGGGCAAGUGAGAAGAGGGCAAGUGAGAAGAGGGCAAGUGAGAAGAGGGCAAGUGAGAAGAGGGCAAAGGGCAAGGGAGAAGAGGGCAAGGGAGAAGAGGGCAAGGGAGAAGAGGGCAAGGGAGAAGAGGGCAAGGGAGAAGAGGGCAAGGGAGAAGAGGGCAAGGGAGAAGAGGGCAAGGGAGAAGAGGGCAAGGGAGAAGAGGGCAAGGGAGAAGAGGGCAAGGGAGAAGAGGGCAAGGGAGAAGAGGGCAAGGGAGAAGAGGGCAAGGGAGAAGAGGGCAAGGGAGAAGAGGGCAAGGGAGAAGAGGGCAAGGGAGAAGAGGGCAAGGGAGAAGAGGGCAAGGGAGAAGAGGGCAAGGGAGAAGAGGGCAAGGGAGAAGAGGGCAAGGGAGAAGAGGGCAAGGGAGAAGAGGGCAAGGGAGAAGAGGGCAAGGGAGAAGAGGGCAAGGGAGAAGAGGGCAAGGGAGAAGAGGGCAAGGGAGAAGAGGGCAAGGGAGAAGAGGGCAAGGGAGAAGAGGGCAAGGGAGAAGAGGGCAAGGGAGAAGAGGGCAAGGGAGAAGAGGGCAAGGGAGAAGAGGGCAAGGGAGAAGAGGAGGGCAAGGGAGAAGAGGGCAAGGGAGAAGAGGGCAAGGGAGAAGAGGGCAAGGGAGAAGAGGGCAAGGGAGAAGAGGGCAAGGGAGAAGAGGGCAAGGGAGAAGAGGGCAAGGGAGAAGAGGGCAAGGGAGAAGAGGGCAAGGGAGAAGAGGGCAAGGGAGAAGAGGGCAAGGGAGAAGAGGGCAAGGGAGAAGAGGGCAAGGGAGAAGAGGGCAAGGGAGAAGAGGGCAAGGGAGAAGAGGGCAAGGGAGAAGAGGGCAAGGGAGAAGAGGGCAAGGGAGAAGAGGGCAAGGGAGAAGAGGGCAAGGGAGAAGAGGGCAAGGGAGAAGAGGGCAAGGGAGAAGAGGGCAAGGGAGAAGAGGGCAAGGGAGAAGAGGGCAAGGGAGAAGAGGGCAAGGGAGAAGAGGGCAAGGGAGAAGAGGGCAAGGGAGAAGAGGGCAAGGGAGAAGAGGGCAAGGGAGAAGAGGGCAAGGGAGAAGAGGGCAAGGGAGAAGAGGGCAAGGGAGAAGAGGGCAAGGGAGAAGAGGGCAAGGGAGAAGAGGGCAAGGGAGAAGAGGGCAAGGGAGAAGAGGGCAAGGGAGAAGAGGGCAAGGGAGAAGAGGGCAAGGGAGAAGAGGGCAAGGGAGAAGAGGGCAAGGGAGAAGAGGGCAAGGGAGAAGAGGGCAAGGGAGAAGAGGGCAAGGGAGAAGAGGGCAAGGGAGAAGAGGGCAAGGGAGAAGAGGGCAAGGGAGAAGAGGGCAAGGGAGAAGAGGGCAAGGGAGAAGAGGGCAAGGGAGAAGAGGGCAAGGGAGAAGAGGGCAAGGGAGAAGAGGGCAAGGGAGAAGAGGGCAAGGGAGAAGAGGGCAAGGGAGAAGAGGGCAAGGGAGAAGAGGGCAAGGGAGAAGAGGGCAAGGGAGAAGAGGGCAAGGGAGAAGAGGGCAAGGGAGAAGAGGGCAAGGGAGAAGAGGGCAAGGGAGAAGAGGGCAAGGGAGAAGAGGGCAAGGGAGAAGAGGGCAAGGGAGAAGAGGGCAAGGGAGAAGAGGGCAAGGGAGAAGAGGGCAAGGGAGAAGAGGGCAAGGGAGAAGAGGGCAAGGGAGAAGAGGGCAAGGGAGAAGAGGGCAAGGGAGAAGAGGGCAAGGGAGAAGAGGGCAAGGGAGAAGAGGGCAAGGGAGAAGAGGGCAAGGGAGAAGAGGGCAAGGGAGAAGAGGGCAAGGGAGAAGAGGGCAAGGGAGAAGAGGGCAAGGGAGAAGAGGGCAAGGGAGAAGAGGGCAAGGGAGAAGAAGGCAAGGGAGAAGAAGGCAAGGGAGAAGAAGGCAAGGGAGAAGAAGGCAAGGGAGAAGAAGGCAAGGGAGAAGAAGGCAAGGGAGAAGAAGGCAAGGGAGAAGAAGGCAAGGGAGAAGAAGGCAAGGGAGAAGAGGGCAAGGGAGAAGAGGGCAAGGGAGAAGAGGGCAAGGGAGAAGAGGGCAAGGGAGAAGAGGGCAAGGGAGAAGAGGGCAAGGGAGAAGAGGGCAAGGGAGAAGAGGGCAAGGGAGAAGAGGGCAAGGGAGAAGAGGGCAAGGGAGAAGAGGGCAAGGGAGAAGAGGGCAAGGGAGAAGAGGGCAAGGGAGAAGAGGGCAAGGGAGAAGAGGGCAAGGGAGAAGAGGGCAAGGGAGAAGAGGGCAAGGGAGAAGAGGGCAAGGGAGAAGAGGGCAAGGGAGAAGAGGGCAAGGGAGAAGAGGGCAAGGGAGAAGAGGGCAAGGGAGAAGAGGGCAAGGGAGAAGAGGGCAAGGGAGAAGAGGGCAAGGGAGAAGAGGGCAAGGGAGAAGAGGGCAAGGGAGAAGAGGGCAAGGGAGAAGAGGGCAAGGGAGAAGAGGGCAAGGGAGAAGAGGGCAAGGGAGAAGAGGGCAAGGGAGAAGAGGGCAAGGGAGAAGAGGGCAAGGGAGAAGAGGGCAAGGGAGAAGAGGGCAAGGGAGAAGAGGGCAAGGGAGAAGAGGGCAAGGGAGAAGAGGGCAAGGGAGAAGAGGGCAAGGGAGAAGAGGGCAAGGGAGAAGAGGGCAAGGGAGAAGAGGGCAAGGGAGAAGAGGGCAAGGGAGAAGAGGGCAAGGGAGAAGAGGGCAAGGGAGAAGAGGGCAAGGGAGAAGAGGGCAAGGGAGAAGAGGGCAAGGGAGAAGAGGGCAAGGGAGAAGAGGGCAAGGGAGAAGAGGGCAAGGGAGAAGAGGGCAAGGGAGAAGAGGGCAAGGGAGAAGAGGGCAAGGGAGAAGAGGGCAAGGGAGAAGAGGGCAAGGGAGAAGAGGGCAAGGGAGAAGAGGGCAAGGGAGAAGAAGGCAAGGGAGAAGAAGGCAAGGGAGAAGAAGGCAAGGGAGAAGAAGGCAAGGGAGAAGAAGGCAAGGGAGAAGAAGGCAAGGGAGAAGAAGGCAAGGGAGAAGAGGGCAAGGGAGAAGAGGGCAAGGGAGAAGAAGGCAAGGGAGAAGAAGGCAAGGGAGAAGAAGGCAAGGGAGAAGAAGGCAAGGGAGAAGAAGGCAAGGGAGAAGAAGGCAAGGGAGAAGAAGGCAAGGGAGAAGAAGGCAAGGGAGAGAGUAAGGAAGACACCAGGUGGACUCCCAUGUUGAGUGAAGACAAGUGA